GUGUCAUCGCCACUUUGCCCGUAUUUACGCACUUUGACGGGCGCCUCAGUGGGUCGUUUCAUAUUACAAAUUCACUAUUUGAUAAACAUUUUAACUUGCCGACGCUGUGGGACCGACUUGAGUUGUGACUUGAUUUUUUUCACUCUGUCGACAAGAAAGAUUUCAAGUGUUUCACGUGGUUUGUGUCGUGGGUUUUGUAGUUGUAGAACGUCCAGAAGGGAAGGAAGUGAUCAUGACGUUCUAGAACGCCGUAACCCUAGGAGACCAGUCACGUGGCAGAUCAAACAACAUGUUGGCACGCACGAGUGCGGGGGUAGUGCAAGUGAGUAGGCGCGCGUAGGAAAAAAACUACAAACGUACGCGGCGACUCGGACAUCCUUUCUACGAUGAUUUCGUGACAGAAACCCAGGCUGAAAUGAGCGGAAACAUCGUUCUACCGAAGCUAGCGGUCUUUGGGCCGCAGAAAGAGGGAGAGGGGGACGCUAUAGGGCGACAGAAACAACGGCGGGCGAAAUACUCCAAACGGCGCGCCAGUGUGCUGCCCAGCGUGCCACCAGCUGGUCGGACCACGCACGGGAAGUCCACCGCGGUAGAACCGACAGCGUCAUCCCUAAAGAUCGACGUGCGGCACAGCGGAGAGUUCCUCCCGACCGUACAGGAGUCCAGACAUGCGGGGCCGGGCACGGGAACGACAGGGAUGAAGAAUAAGUUCCUGGCGUUCCUGUACCUGCAACACGCCGUAUACGGCACCGAUACGUACGGGCAGCGGGGCAGAGCGAUCCGGGACCGGACGGACAAAAACAAUCUCUCGGUGGAGGGGACGGACAUGCGACUGCCGCCGCCUAAAGCACACACGGAGCCCCGCAGGAAAAGCCUCCUGAAUGUCAAAUCCACGUCUACGGUGUCGACGUCGUCUGACGCUAGCCUGGAAACCCAGGCCGCUGAGGUUGACGACCCAGAGGCUGUGGAAAAAGGGCUGAAGACUCUAAUGAACAUACACAGCAUGGGCAUCCCUAUAGAGAUUACGAACAAAGACUACGUCCCAGGCGUCAUCUGCCGGCCGCUGUUCCACUGCGCACGCUGCAGAGACGUCUGGAACAGGCUAGGGGAGGUGCCAGAGAGCUGUGACCAGCCGUCGCGGCCUGUGCGAGGCAUGGCCUUCUGGCUAACACGGGAGGCCAGCGCCGGGCUGCUACAGGGAGUGGACCCAAAGUCACAAGCCAUUCGCAUGAAGGCAGGCCGACAUGGCGAGAAACUGUUGCUGAUGGGUGCAACGACCGGUAGCCACCGCCUGCUGUACGACGACGAAGCCUCGUCCCUGCUGAGCCUCCUGAGGGACCUGCGGAACCAGGCUGCGGCCAGGCGGGAGGAGGAGGAGGAGGAUGACGACUACUGGAGCUACGGAACCGACGAGUUCAGCGAGGAGGAUCUGGACCUCGGCGACGACGGAAAAGAUGGUGCAACAAUGAGACCUUCCCACCGGAAGGAGGGUCGGAGAAGAGCACAGAAGGCGUCUGUGCGGCGCAGGGGGAGUCUGGAGACCGCUCCGGAGUCGCACGCCAGCAGCCAGGACAGCGGCUUCGCCAGCCAGCAGGGGGGCGGCGCCGGACACGGGCUCCUCCCGAUGCUGCUCCGGAUCCUGGAGAGGGACUCCCGCCCGGGGUCCACCAGGGUUCUCGGGGACUUGGACGAGCGGCAGUUGGUGUUGCAGCUCCUGGACGCCAGCGACGACAUCGACGACGCGGCCUGGGCCGAGGAAGGUGCACACUUCUUGAACUCGCUGAAAUCGAACCACGUCGUCAGGUUGACGCCCAACAACCUGCCGGCGCUGCUCGCGGAGAUCAAGCGGGGGACGAUCGCGGUGCAGACCGGGCCCGACGGCGGGAUUCGGCUCGGCACCUACGGGCCGGACGGCGUCUUCGUCCCGUUCGAGGCGAGCGACGAGGACGGCCGGCCGAUCUCCGAACAGUUUUCGCGGAUGCUGGAGAGCACGUUGACGUCCCAGCUCACGCAGGUUCUAUCAUCCGGCGGGUCCGUGGAUCCAGACUCUAAGGGCGCCGCGGGUCUCCUGAAGGCACUCAUGAACAACAGUGAUCUAGCGUCCUCGGACGUACCGGACAUUGUGAACAAACUACGAGAACACCUCACCGACGACAAGCAAACAAGAGUAGUAAAGGAAGCGCAUCCCGAAACUGCGUGGAUGGCUGAUUUCAUGAUAGACAUGAUGAAGGCCAUUCUAAAAGACGGCAAGCUACUUACAGAAGACGAAGUGAAACAAGUCUUAAAGUCACAAGGAAACGAAAAUUUAAUAUUGAGACGCCUUUCAGACGGGAGACUGUACUUUGGCGUGAAAGAUCCCAAUAAUGGUGAAUUCGUGCCUUUUGGAACGUAUGGAGAAGACGGGGCAUUCUACUUUGGCGCCAUGGACGGAAAUGGAAAGUUCCAACUGACGGGGAGGGUGGACAGCACGGGCAACUUCGAACCGGGCGUUGUCAAGGACGAUGGACUAUUCCAUGUGGUGGAGGAGGGGGUGAGUGAGGCCAUGGCUUCCGUCAUGUCUAAAUUGAAAGGUCAGCCGGGAUGGUUGAAGCAGUACGUUGAGACGAAGAUCAGACGACAAGAAGUGGUGGUUCAUAUGCCGGACAACGACCUUGAUGUGACGGGGGAGGGCGCCGAUCUCGGCAACGAAGAAGAUACAGGCGGCACAACUGGACGACAGAAGCGGAACAAAGACGAUCCUCUGUACGACAUCCGGCCGGCUGAAGGGCCGACCACGUCCGACCUGAGGCAGCAGUACGACCCGUCCUCGUAUGAGCCUUUCCAGAGAGACGCCAAGGGACAGAAACCGACGGACGGGCAGACCGACGCACAGACCGGCAAGGGUCAGGAGGGUCGCACGAGCACCACCCAAGACGCCGCGGAAGUCGCGGCGGGCGGCUUGAAAGGAAGAAGCGAAAGUUUCAUGUCAAGUAAAGAAUCCAGCUCCUUGGAACCACGUCUUGAAGAGGGUCACAAGGUAAUGAUAGGGUCCAAGACCGUUAAGACACUGCGGCAGGGCAGGAAGACGCAGGACAAAGAGAAGAUUAAGAACAAGUACGUGAAGAACAGGACGGGGAAACCCGACACACAGCCGGGCAAGCUGGCGGACUACCCGUCCACGCCUGCGCAGGACACAGGCACGCCCUCAUUGGUCAGCCGAGAGGGCACGUUUUCCAGCAUGGUCGGAUCGGAGGCGAGCAUGUCUGAAGGACUGAUGCGGCAGCGACGAGUGUCGGUAUCCUCCAACAAGGACAACUCGGCUGCAGCUGGAGUGGCUAAAGGCUCGGACAGUCGAGCCGUUCAUUUGGGAACAGACGCCAGAGAUGGCCUAGCCGUACAGACCGAGGGGACGGGGGCUCAGGACUCGCCGUCACGGAAAAGGCGGGAAAUCGUCAAGAAAACAAAAAGACUAUCGAAUCAAGCAAUGAGAUAUCCCAACAGGGCCAACCAGCGGGAUGGCAUGGACAGUGAUCAUGACAUAGAUAGAAAUGGAAUGGCUGGUUCGCAGCAGGACUUAAGACCUGGAGAGAAACUCGCCUCGCUGUCCUACAAAGUCGGAACAGAUCUAUCCAGUGAGAGAUUGAAAACGAUAGGUCUUGAAGGGGAUGACUCUCAGUCUUUGCCCGCUAGGGGGCUUGCACCCCUGCCGAAGUCGGUAAAGAGGGCCAGCGAUGUACAGGACAUGGUCUCACCGACACCGUAUUUUCCCGAUCCCAAACGGAACACUCUCCCACCGAUUCCCACGGUGGAUAACGCAGGCAGGGUGUCUAAGAGCCCCGGCAACCGUAGACCCAUGAGUUCGCUAGCGGUCACGCCCCUCGCGAGCACCACCGAAGGCGACCUGGACAAGGCAACGGACUUUACCGUGUCAAACAAAGUAGGGUCGGCGUCAGAGUCGAUAAAUUCCACCGAGACGGAGUCCGGAAGCAGCGAAAGUUCUUCGGAAUCGGAGUUCGAGUCUGUCUCGAGAAGAAGGCAGCGUCAGAAGAUGGACUUGCCCGACCUGGACGGCAUCUCGGCGCUCUCCUUCACCCGCGCCUUCACCUACUCGUACCUGCCGCUCCCCCUAGCGUACCGGGAGAGGAACAACAAGCUGAGGGCGCGGGCGGCGCUUUUCAACCAACUGAAGAAACCGAUCAGGCCGGCAAAGAAGGCAAAACAGGACAUUGGUGUCAGCACUACAGGCACGCAGGUAGACAAGAAACAAAAAACGGAAAAGAAAAACAAGUCUAAAAGAUGACAUGCACCAUGAACAAAGAGAAGACUAUGUAUAUAUUAUGCACCUAACAAGUUUAUAUUAUUUGUGCAAAAACAUUCUAGAUGCACUAAUCCAUCCACAUCUACUUUUUUGAUCAUGAAACUACCAUAUCCUUCUGUCAAUUUAUGAUAUAGUAUACACUACAGUGUUUACUGUAAUUAGUGUCGACCCUUCGCUUGAUGCCAAACGAGUACUUUGAUUUUAUGCUGAAUCACGUCUAACUACAUCAGGCUAUUUCACCGUACCAAUUGAGCAAGUGCUGUUGUGAUGCAUUGUGGGCAAAGGUCAAAGUUUGGUUUGCUUUAAACUUGACCUUAGAUCACAAUGCUUCACGAUUGCACAUGCGCACUUGGAACGGUGAAACGGCUUAUUAAAUCAAUCAAAAUGUCCUACCGUGUAUGUAGCUCCAGUGCUUCCCAUGUUAGGUGUAGAUAAAUGCAAAGAGGAACUGUUGGAGUAAGAAGUGGCCCUCACCACCUCUUUAUUGUGCAACAAGUUUACGAAUAAAAUGUGCAAUUA